AUGACUGGACAAAACUACGUAUUGCUGGCUUUGCUGGCAGUCUUUGCCGUACUGCAGCACAUGACGGCUGCUGCUGCCGUUGACGGUGUGAUUAUCGUGCGCGGUAACAAACUCUAUAACGCCAAUACAGGCGAACGUUUCUUCAUUAAAGGGUUGACAUACGAGUACGCAGUGAGCGACGAGUACUAUGACAAGUAUUCAAAGGCUACUAUCGAAGAAUGCUUGGCUGGUCUUCAGUACAACACAUUGCGUCUAUACAAUAUCAAUCCAGAGGCAUCUUACAAGAAGUUUAUGGCCGACAUGGCCAAGCUUGGCGUGUACGUAAUGGUUUCAGCCUCGCCUGAUAAUGAUGUCUACUAUGGCAAAUACCGCUACUCGACUAUUACUAAGAAACUAAGUUGCUCGGGCAAAGUAUCGUCAGAUGGUGGUGCUAAGACUGUGGACCAGACGGAGACUUGCUACCCGGCAUUGCUACUUGAGUAUGGCAAGAAGAUUAUUCAAAACUUUGCACAGUACGAUAACACUCUUGGUGUUGUCGUAGCCAAUGAAAUCAUGCAGGAGGACCUGACGGCUGCCUCAUGUGUAAAGGCUUACGUGGCUGAUUUGAAGCGAUGGAUGGCGGCUAACGGCAAGAAAUUGCGCAUUUUGCCGCUUGCUUACGCCGCUGCUGACAGUAGUAACAACGAGGUCUCGAACGCUGAUGACUAUCACGUGAUUAAGGUUCAGGGUCUUUUAUGUGGAGACAAAAUGAUAAAUGGCAUGAUGGCAGAGAGUAUUGAUAUCUACUUGAUUAACGAGUAUCGUUGGUGCGCGGGCUCAACGUUUGCAGAGGCAUACGAACGCUACAUUAAUAUGGCGCAGGGUAUCCCUAUAGUCGUUGCCUUCGGAGAAUACGGAUGCAAGACUUCUGCCUCGACUUCUCGUGAUUGGGGAAUGGUUCCUUACUUGUACCAAGAGCCUGCCAAGACUCAGAAGUUUACUGCGGUCUGGUCCGGUGGUUUGGCCUAUUCGUUUGGUGAAGCAAAACUUGGCAAAGAUUCGCUGUUCCCAAUGUUCACAGGUGGAAGCACGGACUUUUUGUCGACGCCUAGUUCGAAGCCCUCGAAGGACUACACUAAUUUGAAGGCCCAGUUUGCCAAGUAUCUGGGCUACACAGAUGAUGCAAAAUGGACUGAUAGCUCUAAGUGUUCGUGGACACCACCGUUGGAAACGAAAACACAGUCCUCGAACAAGGCGGCAACUGAGCACGGCUGGAUCGUGAGCAGCUGUUCAGCGAGCUACUUGAAGCUCGCCAGUACAGACUCAUGGGUUUGUUCUAGUCGUGAAGGCGUGGUUUGCACGGACGAUGGCGAUACGUGUGAUGUUAGCCUAAGUGGUGCGAUUGGUACGACUCAGGAAGACAUUUGUGGCACUUAUGAAGUCAAGAGUGGUGGUGGUACCUGCGAGACCGCGUCCGAUUGCGGUGGUAACGGCCAGUGCAAGGAGUCAGACGGCACAAAGUCAUGCAGCUGCUUGCCCUGCUACACUGGCACCGACUGCAGUGUGAAGGACAUUAGCUCGUGCGCGACGCUAAGCAACUCCGACUCGGCCCCUCGGACCAUUUUCGUUGGUGUGGGUGUAUUUCUGGGUGUCAUGGCAGUGGUGUUUAUUGCUCUGGGUGUUGCAGCGGCGAAAAAGAAUGCUGAAACGACGAGGCUGGCAAGGCAGAUAAAGGCUGGAAACAACGACGAAGCGAGUGCUGGUGCUUUGUAA